CAAUAAAUUGUCUAGGAGUUCGAAGUGUAUUAGCAAUACAAUACUUAGCUAUUUGUUGAAGGUAGAGCAGUUGUUCAAUCCCUUGCUUAUUUCUCUAUUUUUGUGUUAUAAUUGUUUGAUUUUAGUUCUGUAACAAUUAAAAUGCAGAUGCGUUAGAACAAUGGGAAUAUCAAUAAGUCACUCUGAUGACUUAAACUCGAACGAACCUCUCCAAAAAUUUAUUGGUGAAGAACAUAUCAAGGCUGAUGAUCCAUUUUGGAACACGUUUCUCUCGUUCUCACUGAAACCACCUGCCUCUAUAGAAGAUGAUAAGAACCAAGAAACAAGGUUCAAGGCGAUAUACGAGAGUCUUUUCACAAAUAACCAAAAGUCUGGGAAUGUCAGGUCAUUAAUAAAUGUGUUCCUGAAUCGCCUAUCAGAAAAACUAGUCUCUUCACAAACUGCCACGGACACUUUUAGCUGGCAGUUGUACAAUGCACUGUUGGUGUCUAGAUGCUAUUUCAAAUUCAUCGUCCAAAGGAUACGAGAUCCAGAACUGUUAAAUCACAUUGAUUCAGUUGGUGAAGGAAUAACGGCCAACGAUUCAGCGCUAUCUCGAUACCUGGAUGGUCUGGUAGAUCUGCUGGUUCAUUUGCCUAUCAGUGAUUCGACCUACGCCCUGCAUUUAGAAGCCAUCAACAAUCUCCUGGCGCUGCUUUCCGUACAACUGUUCACUACUCAGCCGGCUGCUCAUCUACAGAUUUACAGAUGGGUAAUGGAAUGUAACCAAGCCGAAGGACUCGUUAGGAACCUCCUGAGCCGAUACGUGGAGCAAUCCAAACCCCCUCCCUCAGCCGGGGGCAGUCUCUUCAUAGGCCUCGCCUCCGAACUGUGGAACCUCCUCUCCUUCUCCUCAGCGACCAAUGAGGAGGCAGACUCCUCCUCUCUAGCCAACCAAUCAGCGCUGCUCCUCCUUGUGCUGGCCAAUCACUGCACAGCUGAGCACAACCCAUACCGAGAUGCCUUAGUGUCGUACGCUGACAACAUGAGUGUCCUGUUUACAACGAUUUGUAAGACUCUUAAAAAAGAGGAAACCAUGUUGAUACUGUAUCAUUUACUACACAGAAAUUCGCAUUUUAAGACGUAUCUACUAGCGAGGUCUGAUAUAGAGUUACUAGUUGUCCCCAUGCUUCAAACCAUCUACAACACCCCAGAAAAUAACUGUCACCACAUGUAUAUGUCACUAAUUAUCCUCCUAAUCCUCACCGAAGAUAAUUUAUUCAACAAAACUAUACACUCAACAAUGUUGAAGAAUAUAUCAUGGUAUACAGACCGUCUCAUCCCUGAGAUAUCUCUAGGAGGUCUAUUAAUUUUAGUAACUAGCAGAACAGUUCAAUACAAUUUGUUGAAAAUGAGGGAUAAGUAUUUACACACGAACUGCCUAGCAGCAUUAGCGAAUAUGUCGGCACAGUUUUCUAAUUUGCACCCCUAUGUUUGUCAGAGGUUGGUGGGGUUGUUUGAAGUAUUAGCGAAAACCCACGCUAGGGCGAAUCAGGAGACUAGUGCUAUCGAAGAGGCUUUAAGGAUACUGCUAGAGAUAAUAAAUUCGUGUCUUACACAUCAACUGCUGCACAAUACAGAUCUAGUUUACACACUACUCUACAAGCGGGAAGUGUUUCAACCCUUCAGAUCCCACCCGGCCUUCCAAGAUAUCGUGCAGAAUAUAUCGAUGGUUAUCGAGUAUUUUACGGCGCGUUUGGCGAAAUCUGAUGUUGAAAGUAAUGAUGUGGAAGAGGUCUUGGGGUUUGUCAGGCAUGCCGCCUUGCAGUGGCCCCAGGAUCGGCUGAAGAAGUUUCCAGAACUGAAGUUUAAGUAUGUGGAAGAAGAGAAGCCGGAAGAGUUUUUUAUACCGUAUGUAUGGACUCUAGUCACCCAGCAUUCGGGGUUGUAUUGGAACCCUAGUUUGUUUAAACAGUGUUGAUAAGGUGGAGUUUGUGAAAUUAAUGAAAAAUUGUCAAGAAUUAUUUCACCUAGUUUAUUUUAACAGUGUUGAUAAGGUGGAGUUGAAAUUGGUGGAAAAUUGUUUCAAUAUUGAGGUGAUUUUGGUAAAGAGUUGAACUUGGUUUGUGAAAUGUUGUCUAGAAUUGUUUCAGAGUUGAAGUGAUUGAUUCUGGUUUAACCUAUGGGAAAUCAUGUCAGAGAAUUCAUCUUGUUGAAAUACCGGGUGAUUCAUAAGGACUUUACAACUUUGAAAAUUCAUUUAAAUCUUAUUAAACAAGGUACAGAGCUGAUUUUGGUGUUGUUUUAAAGGAAAACACUUCAGGUUUUUCUACCUUAAACUAAAGAUGUUCUAUGUGACUUCUGUUGGUUAUCCUGCAGACAUCCCAUCGAUAGUCGAUCUCUUUCAGACUAGCAUUUCAGGUGUAACUUGCACAACAGCAGCGCAAAUCCAUGCUCCAAGUUCAGGUGAAGUGGCUGGAAAAGGGAGUACGUACACCAUAUCUUUCAUGAAACCCCACAAGAAAAAAUCCAGCGGUGUUAGGUCUUGGCGCAUUACGGCCAAUUCACUGAUUUCUGGAAAGAAAUCGAGUAUCGAUGUAGGAUAAACAACGGAAGUAACGUAGGACAUCUUUGGUUUAAGGUGAAAAAACUUGAAGUGUUUUCCUUUAAAACAACACCAAAACCAGCUCUGUACCUUGUUUAAUAAGAUUUAUAUGAAUUUUCAAAGUUGUAAAGUUCUUUUUGAAUCAGCCGGUAUAUAGGGCCGGUUUUCGAGCUCGGGAUUAAGCUAAGUUCUAGACUUUAAACAGCUGGAGUCAGAAAAUUGGCUUUUCGAAACCGGGCGUAGUAGCAGUUUUUAUGAUA